AUGUGUCUGAACUAUCAAGCAGAAAGCCAAUCAAUAUUUUUCCUCGAUUCAACAAAACUUGAAACAACAGCAGCAGCAGCAGCAACAACAACGCAACAAACAGCACCACCUCUGGUGGCAAAUCAACAACAACAACAGCAACAACCAUCCAUUCAAAUUACAACUCCACUCAAAAGUUUGAACUGCGCAGAGAAGAAUGAUACCACGGUUCAAAUCCCUCCGUACUGCAAAUAUGUGGCCACCACGAAAGAACUCUCGGUUACUGGAACGUUCGAUGAAGUUCUUCCGUACGCUUUCGAUGGACUUGACAUAAAGUUGUUGAAUUUGAGUGGUUUGUCGCUUAAAAAAAUUUACCCGGACUCAUUCCACAGUCUUGAAAAUAUGAACAUCCUGUAUUUAGAUAACAAUUUGUUGGAAGAUAUUCCACCGGGUACAUUUUCAAACCUGAUGAGUUUAAAUUAUUUAUCUCUUCAAAAUAAUCUUUUCACCAAAGUAACUUCAUUGAUGUUUCAAAGUGCUCCUUAUUUGAACGGACUUUCGUUGGCGAACAAUAACAUAACAAGCAUAGAAGAAAAUGCGUUUGCACUCAGUAACUUGAAAAAAUUGAAUCUUGAAAAUAACAAUAUCUUGAAAAUUGGUAGCUCUAACUUAGCUGGUCUCAGCAAAAUAAUGGAUUUAAACUUAGCUCAAAAUAAGCUGAAAAACCUUGAUUACGAUACUUUUGUUAACUUAACCGAACUACAAAAUGUCAACAUUUCCUUUAACAGUCUUACCUUUCUGUCAAAUAAUCUCUUUUCCAGUCAAGAACAAAUAAACAUGCUUGAUGCAUCUCACAACCAAAUUGAAAAAAUCGGAAACUCUGUAUUUGAAAGAAAACGUUUCAUGACUCAAAUAUACCUUAACGACAACAAAUUGAGUCAAUUAGAUGAUAACUUAUUUAAUGGAAUGGACAACAUGGAAAUUUUAAAUUUACAAAACAACCUCAUCGACAAAAUCACUUCCAACACACUAACCGGUCUAAGAGAGUUGAAAUAUUUAUUCCUCUCAAACAAUUUCAUUCAACGUCUGCCGAACGGCUGGUUGGACCCCUUGGGUAACUUGUUCACGAUCGAUCUAAGCAGCAACUUAAUUAAUGUAAUAGAUAAUGAACCGUUUGACACACCGACACGUUUGCAACAUUUAAAUUUUAGCAAUAACAACAUAACUAAAUUAGGAUCUGGUUGGUUUAAAACAAAUGGCAAUUUAUUAGAAUUAAACAUGAGAAAUAACAACUUGACGACAUUUGAUGCAGACGCAUUCAACGAUAAGCCUGUUCUUAACAAACUGGAUCUUGGAGGAAAUUCGUUGAAAAGAGAAUCUUUAAGAGAUGUAUUUUUAAAAUUCAACAAUUUGGAAAUUUUAUACCUGGAUGGAAAUCCUCUGACGACGUUUGAUGCUGAUGAGGCAAGAUAUCUUUCCAGUUUUCCUUCCGUCAAAACAUUUUAUUUAAACGGAAAUCCUUUAAAAUGCAACUGCAAUGACUUACCUCACUGGACUGACAUGUCACAA